AUGCCUUUUGGUGGGCUAGCAGGUUUGAAGGAACAGGUGCUUAAGCCUGGGAAGGAGGAAGUGAAAAACACAGUGGGGGACUCUCUAGGAAAACUGCAAAGGAAAAUAGAUGGUAGUAAUGUAGAAGAAGAGGACCACAUUGAAUUGACAGAGGAUGGGCGCCCGGUGGCUUCAGCCCCGCGUCCUGCCCCACUGCUGGACUGCUACUGUGGGGGUUUGCCCAAGCGCUACAUCAUCGCCAUCCUCAGCGGCCUGGGCUUCUGCAUCUCAUUUGGCAUCCGCUGCAACCUCGGUGUGGCCAUUGUGGAGAUGGUGAACAACAACACCGUCUACAUCAACGGCACUCCUGUGAUGCAGAAAGCUCAGUUCAACUGGGACCCAGAGACAGUGGGGCUGAUCCAUGGCUCCUUCUUCUGGGGCUACAUCGUCACUCAGAUCCCCGGUGGUUUCAUCUCCAACAAGCUGUUUGCCAACCGGGUGUUUGGGGCUGCCAUUUUCCUGACGUCCAUUCUCAACAUGUUCAUCCCGUCAGCAGCGAGGGUGCACUACGGUUGUGUCAUGUUUGUUCGCAUCCUGCAAGGCUUAGUGGAGGGUGUCACCUACCCAGCAUGCCAUGGGAUGUGGUCCAAAUGGGCGCCACCUCUUGAACGCAGUCGACUGGCCACAACUUCAUUCUGUGGAUCCUACGCAGGAGCAGUGAUAGCCAUGCCUUUAGCAGGAGUGCUUGUUCAGUACGUCGGCUGGCCUUCAGUCUUCUAUGUCUAUGGUGUUUUUGGGAUGAUAUGGUAUAUCAUGUGGCUGCUUCUGGCAUAUGGAAGUCCUGCUGAACAUCCAACCAUCACAGAUGAGGAGAGGACGUACAUCGAGACCACCAUCGGUGAAACAAUGCGCCAACUGAGUAAGACUGAGAAAUUCAAGACACCGUGGCGUCGUUUCUUUACCUCCAUGCCUGUCUAUGCCAUCAUCGUGGCCAACUUCUGCCGCAGCUGGACCUUCUACCUGCUCCUCAUCAGCCAGCCGGCGUAUUUUGAGGAAGUCUUUGGCUUCCCCAUCAGCAAGGUUGGGAUCCUGUCUGCUGUGCCCCACAUGGUGAUGACUAUUGUAGUUCCUAUCGGAGGACAGCUGGCUGACUAUUUACGCACUAACAAUAUCAUGUCUACCACAAAUGUGAGGAAAAUCAUGAACUGCGGAGGAUUUGGUAUGGAGGCUACUCUUCUGUUGGUAGUGGGGUGUUCUCACACACGCGGAGUCGCCAUCUCCUUCCUAGUUCUUGCUGUAGGGUUCAGUGGAUUCGCCAUCUCAGGUUUUAAUGUCAAUCACUUGGAUAUUGCUCCUCGCUACGCCAGCAUCCUGAUGGGCAUUUCUAACGGGGUGGGAACACUAUCUGGCAUGGUGUGUCCUAUUAUCGUUGGAGCACUGACUAAAAACAAGACUCGUCUGGAGUGGCAGCACAUCUUUAUUAUUGCGUCCAUGGUGCAUUACACAGGGGUCAUUUUCUACGCUAUCUUUGCUUCGGGAGAGCUGCAGGAAUGGGCCAACCCUGAGAACAUCAGUGAGGAUAAACGUGGCAUUAUUGAUGAGGACGAGCUAGCUGAAGAAUCCGAGCUCAACAUGGAGGACGCAAUUGCUCCAAAAAAGAGUUAUGGGACCACAGACAAUUCAUCUGGUGGAAAACAGGGCUUGAAAAAGACGAGAGGUGUGGCCAUGCAAGAGGAGGAGGAACAUUGUGGGAAUGGCGACUAUCAGGAUCGGUAUCAGUGAGAUGCCCUGUGGGGGGGGGGCUAAACACUUGAGUCUGGUCAAGGCUGAAAGUUUCAUUUCACACCCGUGGAAAUGUCAGAAACAUCGGCGGAGUGACAGCAGCAGCUCCAUUUGUACCGCAAGAUGAUUUUUCUUUUGGUCAAUAUUCUACAGUUUAACUGUGAUGUACUGUAUUGUUAGAAAUCAUAUAAAAACACAACAUAAAAAAGGAAAAAAUCUAAAAUCAAGCAUCAUUUUUAAAUAGAUAAAAUUGGGACAAGAUAAAAAAAAUGGAACAAUACUAGUAAUCUCCACCGGCAUAUACUGUAGACUAGUGUGCUCAGUACAAUAGAAAGUAACCUCAGACUAACUAGUGCUGUUAUAAAAGAACAUCUGACUUGCAUAUCAACCUUGAAACCUGACAUCCCUGCAGCCUGCGUUGAUUGUACUCCAUCGGUGAAUGCAAACUAGACUAAACUUUAUGUGACUUACUUUGAGCUACCUGACGGUUUUUGAAAUGUUUUGUGUCAGCUAUGCACCGUAAAAAAAAGAGCUGUGCUUCUUGAAUGUAAUGUUUUUUUGCUUGUAAGUAUUUGCUGUUGCUGAAUGAUUGCACUUUGUCAUUGCUUAGUUCGCUCUCCUAGUCUGCGCAGGUCCUAGUUCGACAUCUGUUUGUAUUACACUUCUUCCAGCAUAAUGUCAGCUUCAUGAUUUAAAGUGCUAUGAGCUCAGAAUAGGACAUAAAGGAGCGCAAGUUAAGUGCUGACGCUACUCCAUGACGCAUUUAGUGUAACUAUUUAUUCUCCUGGUGGUUGUCUUUAUUGCAAUUUCUCAAUAUUUGAUACAUGACGACCCAGUUUGUUUCUAAAAAAGAAUGUAGUGUCAUGUUUAACCCAUUAGAGUAUGGGGAAGUUACUCUUACUAUUUGUCUUUACUGUUAUAGAAAAGAAAAUUGUUUUUGUACAGUAAAUUAUUAUCUUAUUGUUUG